CUCUCGCAAACUUGUUCAAACAUAUCAACGUGCAAUGCGCAAUCGAAUCUCUUGAUCACAUCGAGUUCGACCACCAGCAUGGACUCAUCUCUUCGCAGCGCCAAAGGCAUGCAAAAUGAAAUCGACAGAUUACAGAGCAACCUCUUGCGCCGCUUCACCAAUCUCGUCGCGCUCGCCAAAGUAAAAUCCACCGAUCGCGGUGUCUCCGCCACUGCGCAAUACCAACUUCAAGCAGAAACCGCGGCACUUAUACGCGGCGCGGAAGAAGUUCAGACUCUCAUUCGACAAAUGCAAGAAAUGUGGCUUUUUGGGCAAUUGAAUACGCUUGGUGAGAGUAAGAUUCAACAGGAAACUGAUGAGAAUGCGAGGGUUGUGGCGGGUUUGUUGAGGGAGCUUACUGAGAAGGGGUUUGGGGAGGUCAAUGGGGUUAAUGGGCAUCAUGAUUGAAGAAGCCUUGACCUUGUGUGCUAUGGGUGGAAUAUUGAGGCGGCAGAUCUCCGAUUUUGUCAGACAGAAGGCACGACUUGAGGUGGAUGAGGAGAUGCGUGGAUUAUCGAGGCAGCGGAUUUCAGGUUUCCACAGCACAAAGCAUGACUUGGACUGGAUGCGAAUACUGGCCGAGUAUCAUAUCCACGGAGAUGCUACACGCCAGUGCCAAGGCUAGACUCAAGAAGAUGAAUGGCCACGCUGGACACGACAGAUAUUGCGAAGCGCCUGUUGGAAUUAGGCCUCCAACAGGUCGAAGACGCGCCCAAGUCCGCCAUCUUGCACAGGCCAAUAUGCCCCAGCUUCGCAUACUAUAGAACCAGGAAUAUUCUACGCAAUGAUUUGGAACGCUU